UCUUCCCCUCUUCACCAGCCGACUCUACUAUUUCCCUCAAAAAAAAAAAAAAAAAAAACACACCUCAGCCAUGCUGCGCGCGGCGGCGCGGCGGGGCAUCUCGCUGGCCCCGGCAAGAUCGGCGCAGGCGCCACAGGUGGGUGGCCCGGAGCGGCGGGCUAUGGAGGCGUCGUGGGUCCCGCUCUACACGAGGCUCGCGACGCUCCCCCCUGGCAGGCCGCCAGGGAGCGUCGCGGCGGAGCUGGACGCGUGGCUCCGUGAGAGGCGCCCGCUCUCGGAAGAGCAGAUUGUCGCCUACGUACGCAAGCUCCGCAAGUUCAGCCAGAAAGCGUGCGCCCUUGAGCUGAUGGACUGGAUGGAAGCUCGUGGAGCAAAGUUGAAUCUUGGGCAUCACGCGUUGCGGCUUGACCUCGUAUCAAAAGUGAACGGGAUACAAGCUGCUGAAGAAUACUUCUGGAGCCUUCCAGAUAUAUUUAAGUCAGUGAAAACUUAUUCCUCUCUGCUUAACUGCUAUGCCGAACACAAGAUUGCAGACAAAGGCCUGGAACUCUAUGAACAGAUGAAAGCCAUGAACUUUGUUCCAAGUACACUGGUGUACAACAACCUGAUGACCUUGUACCAAAAGACGGGCCAGCCAGAGAAAAUCCCCAACGUAUUUAAAGAAAUGCAAGAAAGCGGUAUACAUGCCGAUAAUUUUACGUACUUUAUGCUGACAGAAAGCUAUGUUACAAUGAAUGACCUGGACUCCGCUGAGAAGGUCUUGGAAGAACUGCAGGAGGUGACUCCAGUUCAUUGGUCCUUGUACACCAUGAUGGCUAACAAUUACAUUAAACUAGGGCAGUUUGGCAAGGUGGAUGUGGCUCUAAAGAAAGCUGAGGAAGUUAUGGACAAGGGUGAGAUGCCCCCUUGGCAUUACCUCCUCUCCCUCUAUGCUCGUUCUGGCAAUUCAUCCGAGGUUAAGAGGAUCUGGGAGUCUUUGAAGUCCACAUUCAAGAAAUGUUCAAAUAGAAGCUACCUUGUGAUGCUUUUAGCUCUGAGAACAUUAGAUGAUUUUGACUCCUUGGAGCAAAUCUUUAAGGAGUGGCAAUCCAGUAAUCAGCACUAUGACAUGAGGAUAGCAAAUGUUAUGAUUGCGGCUUACCUUGAUAAGGGUAUGAUAGACGAAGCUGAGGCUAUCCGUCAGAAUGCCAUGGCUCAGGGUCGUUGCAAUGAUAAGACGGUUUACAUAUUUACAGAGUUCUAUUUUGAUAAAUCUAAAGUUAAAGAGGCACUAGAGAUUUUGAGAGACGGAAAGAACAUGGUGAGGGCACACAAGUGGGUGCCAUCGAAAGAGCUUGUGAACAGAUUUCUGAAGCAUUAUGAAGAGGCAAAGGACGUUGAUGGUAUGGAGUCUUUUUGCGAGUGCCUGAAGAAGCUCGAAUGCCUUGAUGCAGAAGCUUAUGAGGCAUUGAUGCGGACCUAUAUAUCUGCAGGUAGAACAAAUCCAUCCAUUGCUCAGCGCAUCGAAGAUGACGGGAUUCACAUAGAACCUGAGAUAGCAAAAUUGCUGAAAAGUGUCUCCGGCUGUUAAAAAGAAAAAGAAAAAGGUGUUUCUUUAAGUUUUUUUAGAAGUUGAGGCUACUUUAUCUACUUCACUUUCAUUAUUGAGCAGUAUUUUAACUUGUGGAAGAGUGAAAUGUCAUUAUCUCGUGAAAAACAGGUGAUGCAAUUCUGUCCUGAUCUUCUGAAAUGUGAGAAAAUACUCGAUUUAUGGA